AUGUCGGACUUCUUCGAGGGGUUCCAGCAAGUCAUCGGCCCCUCACUAUCGCAGCUCGGAGGGGAAGAGGGUGUCUAUGGUUCAGAUGGCGGUCUAGUCCAGAGGCGCCUCUGGCAAUAUCGAACACAGAAAAUCUCGGCUUUCGUGGCCACAGGUAACUUGCAUCUUGCGGCGGUCUUGUUAUCAUGUGUAGUAUUUCUUGCGUUCGGCCUGCGUUAUGCGGCGUGUGCCAGCAGGUCAAAAUCUCGGAUUCGAGCAGAAUCACACAAUGAAGAUCUGCCCAUUAGGGUUUCUUUGCCUUUUGCCUUCUUGCAUCUGGCUGCUGCAAUCGCUGCUUGUUGUCUCGGCUGGAUCGAUGCGCAGCAUACGGAGAACUGGAAACAAGCGAUCGCAGAGAGCUACGCGGUCUUAUUAGGCUUGAUGCAGUUUUGCUUCAGGAAUGAGCGUACUCGGACUCACCUAUAUCGCCAUAUCAAUGCAGUGGUUCUUGCGAUAUUCCUUUUAGUAUGCGUCCAGGAUUUGAUUCCCAUAUUGAUUGUCGGGGCGACAUCUGGCCUCAGUGGGAUCAGGGGUGGCCUCUUAGUUUGCCUGGCUGCUGUGUUGAUAGUCGCAGCUGCGACUCCCAGACCACGUCGUCUGUUCGUUCCUGAUCCAGAAAAUGAGGAAACGAAAACGGUCCAAGAGGUGUCGCCCGAAGAGACCUGUUCUUUGUUCUCAUACUAUUGCUCGUACGAAUGGCUGACAUACGUGAUCUUGCGAGGCUGUCGGAGGGACCUAACGAUGGAUGACCUCCCUCCUUUACCCUCGUACGAUGAACCCUCCAAGUGGCUCAAAAAGAUCAAGAGGCAGCGGCUCAAAGGCGGCAAGACUUUCCGAACAUUGUGUAGGUUGCUCAAGACCGAAAUCAAGAGCAUGAUGUGCUGGUCGUCCGUCACGGCAGUUCUGGAUUUUGUCGCACCGUAUUCCAUGCUGCGACUGCUCGCGUACCUGGAAAACCCCGACGAUGCCAUCCUUCAUCCAGCCCUGUGGGUGGCCCUUUUAUUUAUCGGCCCAAUGUCGCGAUCGCUGUGUUAUCAGCAAUACAUUUUCACUGCGACACGACUUCUUGUUAGAGUCAAUGUGUCGCUGGUACAGGAGAUAUAUCAGACCGCAAUGCGGUCGUACCUCUACGAUGACUCGAUCGUCGAAGCCAGUACAGAAGAUCGCCCGAGGUCCUCUCGAAAGAUGAGAGAGUCCGCGAAAGGGGCGCCCAAGUCGAGUCAAGCGAACAUCACCAGCCUCAUGUCGUAUGAUGUGGACGCCAUCUACAACUCUCGCGACAUCUUUUUCGUGGCCACUGCAGCCCCGAUAGCCACCACAGUUGCCGUGAUAUUCCUCUAUCGAAUGCUCGGCUGGCCAUCACUGUUUGGAGUCUCUGCACUUUUAUGUCUCUCGCCUCUCCCUGCCUUGGCCUCUCGCAGGGUGUCACGCAUCCAGAGAUCUGUGAUGCAAGCUACGGAUGUUCGACUCUCUAAAAUAUCAGAGUACUUGAGCUCCAUACGUACGCUGAAAUAUUUCGGCUGGGAACAUGCCGCAAUGGACUCUAUCAACGAAGCUCGAGGUGUGGAACAACGCCGUCUCUGGAAACGAAGUGUUUAUGCAGCGGCAAUUUCCAUGGCUGGCGACUUGCUACCAAUGGUGAGCUUGCUGGUCAUGUUCUCCGUCUUUGUGCUAUUUACCAAGGACACUCUGCGCGCCGCAACGGCCUUCACAUCUCUGUCUAUCAUGGAGACCUUGCGGUCCCAAUUCGUCUGGCUGUCCAAUAUCAGCCGAGCCUCUGCCCAAGGAGCCGAAUCCCUGCGGCGAGUCGACCGCUUUUUCGAUACAGCAAUGGAAAUCAAACAUCACCCCGAAGGACCAUUGGAACUCAAGCAUGCAACGUUUCGCCGCACCCCGAUUGCUGCGUUCCGAUUGCAUGAUGUUUCAGUUCGCUUCAGACCACGCGCCCUGAACGUAGUGACCGGUCCCACCGGCAGUGGAAAGACUUCUUUAUUACUUUCGUUGCUGGGAGAAACGGUGCUCGAAUCUGGAACGGCCUCAUGCCCACGAGACGUGGCUUAUGUGCCACAAGCUCCUUGGCUCCAGAAUGACACCAUUCGCGAAAACAUCACCUUCUUCAGCCCAUUUGACAAAGCCCGCUACAACGCAGUGAUCGAAGCAAGCGGGUUGGUUCAAGACCUCCGACAGCUGCCGGCUGGCGAUCUUACCGUCGUGGGCGAAAAGGGCACAUCGCUUUCCGGUGGUCAGAAGCAAAGAGUAUCCUUGGCGAGGGCGCUAUAUUCGCAGUCCUCCACCCUCCUGCUGGACGAUAUCUUCUCUGCGCUUGACACUCAUACCACUACACUGGUUUACGACAAGUGCUUUCGCAGUGGCUUGCUCUCAGAUCGAACGGUCGUUCUUAUCACGCAUUAUCCGGCCGCGUUGCAGGAUGCAGAGCUGCUUGUACGGCUCGACCAUGGCAAGGCAUCUACGGAAGAAACACCUUUGAGCCUCCCCCAGGCCCUUCUAGAGCGUACGGGUUGCAGUACACCCGCAACCGACACAGAUUCCGUAACCUUGGGUACGCCGCUAAUAGUAGAGGAACCCUAUGAUGCCCCUUCGGAACCUACAACCACUAUUGCCCCGGCACAUGAGCAGCAAAGUCCGCAGGUAGGGCGCAUAGCAAAGGAAACAUCAGCUACGGGGCGUGUGCCGCGCACUUUAGGUAAGUUCCACCCCGGAACAUUUCUCAAAGCACACCUAACCAUUCCUCAAGCCUUACAAUAUAUGCUCCUAUUCGGCGGGCCUUGCUACGCACCCGUCGCAAUGGCUGUGACUAUCGCAGUACAACUCGCAUACUUUGCAAUCACCUACUGGCUCUCUAUCUGGAUGGGCGCAUACGAGAAGUACGAGAACCCAAACUCCCUCUACUAUCUAGGGGUCUAUGCCGCUGCGAUCAUCCUCUUCCUGCUACUGCAGCUCACUGGCAAUCUCCUCUAUCAGUACGGCAGCUGGACAGCGGCAAAGAAGAUGCACAGGCGAUUAGUGACGGCGGUACUAUCGGCUCCCAUCUCCUGGUUUGACCAGAAUCCCAUCGGACGAUUGAUCAACCGCUUCGGCAACGACACCCGCUCGCUAGACACUGUGCUGAUAGACUGGCUACGCAUGUCAAUCGAGAACGGGCUGCGGUUCCUGCUUCGCAUUGCCAGCGUUGCCUCCAUCAUGCCUAUAUUCGCUCUUCCGGCUGCGGUCAUAUGCACCAUCGGGUUCUUCAUCGGGGAGAUGUACACCCGCACGCAGGUGUCCAUCAAGCGGCUGACGUCCAUCAACUACUCUCCUGUGUUUUCACAUUUCACCGACUCGCUUUCCGGCCUGUGCGUCAUUCGCGCCCGCAAGGACAUGGACCUGGUGUUCCAGAGGCUCCUGGCCGAGAAGCUGGCCGUCCAUGCCCGCUCCGCGGAAACACAGUACAACUGCAACCGCUGGAUAUCCGUGCGAUCCGACUUCUGUGCCGCAUCUGUCGCCGCCGCCGCGGGCUGCGUGGCGUACUUCUGGUCCGGGCCAGCAGGGCUCGUCGGCUUCUCAUUGACCAACGCCAUCGGCCUGAGCCAGAACAUCCUCAACCUAGUCCGGACCAUGAACGAGCUGGAAGUCGAGCUGAACUGUUUCCAGCGCGUGCGCGAAUACACCGACAUUGAACCCGAGGAACGCCUGCCAGCCAAGUCAUCGGCGGUUCCAGCCAGCUGGCCCUCCUCCGGCCGCGUCGAGUUCCACCACGUCACCGCGCGAUACCAGGCCGACGGGCCCGACGUGCUGCGCAAUGUCUCCUUCGUCGCGAACGCCGGCGAGCGCAUUGGGCUCGUCGGCCGAACCGGCAGCGGCAAAAGCACCCUCGGCCUCUCCCUGCUGCGAUUCGUGAACCUCGCCUCGGGCCAGAUCACCAUCGACGGCGUCGACAUCGCCACCAUCCUCCUGAACCGCCUGCGCACCAGCGUCACCCUGAUCCCCCAAGAACCCGUCCUGUUCUCCGGCGACGUCCACUCCAACCUCGACCCGUUCGGCGCCUCCAGCGAGACCGAGCUCGCCUCCGCCCUGGCCGCCUGCACCUCCAUCCACGUUCCGGACCAUGCCCAUCCCGCCAAACCCACCCGCCCCCUCGCCCUGGACACCCCCGUGGCGGCCAACGGCGAGAACUUCAGCCAGGGCCAGCGCCAGGUGCUCAGUCUGGCGCGGGCCAUGUGUCGCCGGUCGAAAGUCGUGCUGCUGGACGAGGCGACGGCCUCGGUCGACCAUGAGACGGACAUGCACAUGCAGCGCGUCCUGAGGGAGAUGUUCCCGGAUUGCACCAUCAUCGCUAUCGCGCAUCGGCUGAGGACUAUUAUGGAUUACGAUCGGGUGCUUGUUAUGGUCGAUGGGGAGAUUGUGGAGAACGACACGCCCGCCAACCUGGUCAAGAAAGAAGGCGUGUUCUGGGAUAUGCUGCGCAACACAGGCGAAUAUGACGAGCUCGUGCAGAUGAUUGAGACGAAGCCUUCUGCGUCGUGA